CAACAACAGCGACAACAAUCCCAACGACGCCGAUCGACGCACACGGCCACAAUGCGGUCCCUCGCCACGAUUGUCAGCCUCCUGCUGGCGUAUUGCACCGCCGUAUAUGCAACUGCCCUCACCUACCGCCUCGACGCGCACGAGAAGGCCUGCUUCUUCGCGAACGUAGAGCACAAGGCCACCAAAGUCGCGUUCUACUUCGCCGUGCAGUCUGGUGGCUCAUUCGAUAUCGACUACUCGGUAGUCGGUCCUGGGCCCAAUGGCGGGCCAGAGAAGGUCAUCCUCGACGGAUCCAAGGAACGACAGGGCGACUUUGUAUUCACGGCCAAUGAGGUCGGCGAGUACCGCUUUUGCUUCAACAACGAAAUGAGCACAUUCGCCGAAAAGCUGGUCGACUUUGAAAUCGCUGUUGAGAAUGAGGCUCCGCGAGCCGCUAUCCCCUCUAAGCAAGGGUCCUCCCCCGAACAAACAAGUCUUCUCGAGGAAUCGAUUCUCAAGCUUUCGGCUCAGCUGUCCACAAUCUCGCGCAACCAGAAGUACUUCCGCACACGCGAGAACCGCAACUUCAGCACCGUCAAGAGCACCGAGAAGCGCAUCUUCAACUUCAGUCUUAUGGAGGGUGGAUUGAUGCUUGUGAUGGCGGGUCUGCAGGUCGCAGUGGUGCGAUUCUUCUUCCAGGGCGCAAGGAAGGGUAUCUUAUAAAUCCUACCUUAGUGCAGUAGAGUAGAAUGGGCGGCCGCUGAUUCGGUUCUGGCAGGCUAUGUAUGAGCAAGCAGAUUUGCGAUCAAUGGAUCGAUGUCACAAAGAGGAGGUUACUAUCAAUUGUACGCGUUGCUGGCACAGCCGCAGCCGAUAUUGUGGUGUUGAUAAGGCGUUGUGGAAUUUGGGUCUCUGCCAAAAGAGGUGUAUCGCUCGGUUGCAUUGCGGGAAGAUAUUGUAGGCGGUGAUGAUCAAUGGAAAUGCUCUCAGCGCCAUUGACCUGCUCAGGAUUCGAAUUUUACCAUCCACACUUCCCCAUUGCCCCUGCCAGCCCCAAAGCAGAUGCCGUUGGGAAGCUCAACCGCUGUUACAUAUGUGCGCUGCACGUACAGCCUCAACGUCAACGUCCUAUCAAUUCGUCUACCAUAGAUUCAGCUCUCCGCGCGUCGUGAACCCAAUGGAUCCUAAAAUUCACCCAG